GCCUGGAUUGUUGCCCCGCCCCGCACAGACACGGACACGCCCACAGAUAUUCGGGUUAAAAGGGGAAUGGACGGCUUAACGGGAAAAGUCACCUGCAAAAACCUGACGGACAAGGACUGUGUGGCGUGCGAUUCACCUGCUCGCCUCCUCUGGCUGACUUCAACCCGUGAGAGGAGAAGAAGAGGAACCUCACACCAGCUUUGAGUGAGUAACUUAGAUUUAUAUUUUCACUUAUGUGUUUUUCUACUGAGCUCUGCUGUACACUAGAUAAACUUGCAUCUUUCUGUCGCAGGGAAACAGUAAACCACUUUUGUACUCCUGUAGCAUCACCCACUGUGGGUUUGAUAAACUUAGUGAAAUUUUAAACAUUAUGUGUGUUUUAUGUCUGUCUUAAAAACUGGUUUAGACACGUCCCUGUCGUCUUCUUGCUGAAGUUUUCUCCAUAAACUUCUCACACAUUAGAAUAAAGCAGAUGACAAACGCGCCUCGCAUAUAUGCUCUUUCUAUUUGUGAACGCGCCUCCCACAAACACGCGCACCCACUUUUGUUUCUCUGCUUUCGGUGAAUGGAGAGUACAGGCUCAAUUACCCUGCAGUUAUUUAAUUCCUGACAACACCAUAAACUGUUUGGCUGACAGAUGAACAAAGACGGUGACUUAGUCGAAAAGGCAACAGAAGUUUUGCUUUACAGUGUGUAAAAGUCCUCUUCAAAACAAAAAAGGUUGAGUGAUUAAUCGGUUAGUUGUUUAAUCAGGCCGAUUAAUCACCUUUUGUCAUAAUCGGUAUGACAUUGGUACUUGUCAUCACUCACAAGGCCAAUGUCACUGUUAUCAUUCCUAAGUGAAAACACUUUUUUUUACUUUACAGUGUGUAAAAGUCGUCUUUAAAACAAAGAAGGUAGAGUGAUUAAUCGGUUAGUUGUUUAAUCAGGCUGAUUUGGCAUAAUUGGUAUCACAUUGGUAGAAGUCAUCACUCACAAGGCCAAUGUCACUGUUAUCAUUCCUAAGUGAAAACACUUUUCUUUCUUUAUAGUGUGUAAAAGUCGUCUUUAAAACAAAGAAGGUAGAGUGAUUAAUCGGUUAGUUGUUUAAUCAGGCUGAUUAAUCGCCUUUUGGCAUAAUCUGUAUCAAAUUAGUAUCAGUCAUCACUCAAAGGCCAAUGUCAAUGUUAUUAUUCCUUAAUGAAAACACAUUUUUUCCACCCACUAUAACAGGGAAUCAAAUCUAAAACAUUUCCUUGCUGGUGCUCUGAACUCUACACAAUGACCCGGUGUAUUUGUCUUUUUCAUCUGUAAACUAGAAAAAUAUGUCCUUGCAGAAAAAGUGUGGAAAUGCUGGAUUGUGAAAGCUGAAUUAAAAGCAGGCAGAACUGCUAAAGAUAGGAGAAAUGAAUAAACAUAUAAAGUGUUGAAGAGUUUAACUUAAAGAAGUUGUGGUUGCAGCUGUGGUUGAAGAUGUACCAGAGGUUGAAUUAGUGAGAGCAGUUUAAAAAAAGAGUUUAAAAAAACAAAGUAACAGGUAACAGUAACAGGUAUUAUAUUUCUGUUUUUCUUGUGAGCAGGUUGUGGUGAAGAAUAGGAUAUGGCUGCUGUGUGUGUAUGCAUAUUUGUGUACACUCUCUUAAUGAGUCUGAAUGCAUUGCACGAUAAAAUUGGAAUAUUUGUACUCAUAUAGAGCUGGAUGUAUAUAGAGGGUCCAAUGUGAGACCUUUGAAAUAGUACUAUUGUGAGCAAACUUUUUUUCAAGGAUUGUUUUGUGUUUUGCUUUUUCUUUAGGGGAGAUGUGUGGAGUAUUUUUGUACAGGCAGUCAUUAAACUUUCUAAGAUUCUGGUCUUAAAAAGAAAAAAAAGAAAUAGUGAGAGCAGUGAGAGCACAAGCAGCACAAUUGGUGUAAGAAGUUGUUGAAGAGUAAAGAGAAGUUUAAAAGGGGAGGUAAAAAUUGCAUACAGGAGAAAAAGUUGAAUAAUUGAAAUAGCACAAACUGGGAAAAAAGGUAAAUACAAUAAUAAUUUAGCAAUAGCAACAAUUUUAAAUCUAUCUAUAGCAUCUUACUGGCUAAGACAACUAUAUAUUUUAGAUUUUAAUGUGUAUGUGAUGUAUUUUUUUCCUUUUUGUUUUAACCCUAAUGUUUACCUUGUAUUUUUAUACCUCUUGUUACUCAUUCAAGGUGGCUCAUCAUACAUCAUAAAAUCCUUGUAUAGAAGAAACAAAAUUUCUGAACCUCAGGAAACACUUUUCUAAAUAAAUGAAGAGAGAAAUAUAUUUUGCUCAUCAACAAGUAUCAUUAAUUUGUUGUAUUUUGUACAUCCGUAUUUAGUAUAUCCGCCACCUGUCAUCUCAUUAUAAGUAUCAGCAACAGCUGUUGAGAAACGGUUUAAUCGGUCGACGACUUCAAUGUAUCAUGAAAUGUAAAAAAAAAAAACAGAUUAAUCAUGGUCAAUCUGUCCAGGAACGCUCACUCCAUCUAAACACUUGAUCAAAGAAGCUCACACACUGAUUAAACUGGCGUCUAUCAAAGACGGCUUGUUGAAAAGGUUCAGGCUUCAAAGAGUGGUUCGUUUGUGAGAAAUCGAGCAAAUAGCUUUAGCUUAGAGAGAAAAAAAAAGUUCACUUUCAUCACAGCUUUUCGAGUUAAAGUGUGAUUUUUUUUUUUAAAGUGUGAGUCGGCAGGGAGUUGAGAAAGAGAUUUAAGUAUUUGUUUUACCCGAGCUCUCUCAAUCUUGGAGGUAAAGAAGGUCCAGGGCUCAGUGACUGCUCUGGUGACAGAUAAGGUGAUGACACUGACAGUGAGGAGCACAUGUGAUUGUUUGAUAGCUGCGUGAUCAGACCAACCCAACUUCAAAACAAUGCAGACCUUCCAGUUUAAUCAUCCAAGCAAAAUAUAAAGGAGUGCUAUGGAAACUAUCUAGUCUUUAACUUUGAACAGUGACCUGUAAAACCAUAUUACCCAAUCAGAUUUUGUUUUUUUCUGAUCGAUUUAAUGUUGGUGGGCAGAACAGAUGUUCACAGCCCAGUGAAUCAGUGAGUAGCUCUAUUGUCUCAAAGCAAUUAAACCCUCUGUGAACCUACCGUGCUCCCUAUCAAGCCAUUCUCAGUGUUUCCCCACUCUACCAUUCUAACGUCUUUGGUAAUUGGAAGCUGGAAAUCACCAGCAGCUGUUGAUGUGAAUGUGUCAGCCGGGCUUUAUCUGUCUCUAUCUGCCCUGUAAUAUCCGAGCGCCAUGCAGCCUGAGAUCUCUUAUCCAACACAUCUGGGAAAGGAUCCAACGUCUGUAGAUUUGGGCUGGAUAAGAUCUUUAAAAUGAAGCCUGGUUGGACGGAUCAGCGACCAAUGUUUGAAUCAUACGGCAAAAAAUAGGCAGUAAAAGCGUCAGACACAAAAGGAGGUAAUGAUGACAGAAAAAAGGAGACACGCUAAUGCUGAGUAGUUUCGUUGUCAUGGUUUAGGGCAGAAGCUAUAGUCUUCGUCACUGCAGUCACUGGUUUGAAACAGCUUCUGUCCUUUGCUGCAGGUCUAUAUGUAGCUAAACACAUUUUCUGUGUUUUGCCUAUCAAAUGAAGACUAGAUGCCUCUACCCCACCUUAAACAUAUGUAUAUGAAUCCAAUGCAAAUGCACUUUAGGGUGUUUUAAGUUUCUGACACUGACAAACAACUGCCAUCAAUUUAUCAAGUUAGAAACCCCCUCGAGAGAUGAAUGUUGCCAACCGCUUGAUUCUCUAGUUGUACAGUCUGAUUGUUCUUCCUUAAGCUGCAAAGUCUCGAGGUCUCGCUACGAACAAGCAUUGCCAACUUUAGUAACGACCGCACGAUAGCAAUACAGAGUAAUCUGAGGAGCCAUAAACAAACAUCAACCAAAACGCCACUCUAUAGCCAUGAAUAAUGCUCAGAACAGAACCUAACUUCAUCAACAGGAUAUAUAGGGUCCUCGCCACAACACUAGCCACCAAACAUUGUGGGGGAAAAUAACAGAUAUGUUUGGAUGUUUUGGAGGUUACCAUGAGGCAAGAAAACAGGUUAUGGGUGGAGUGGUCAGAUUGGGAUAAACUUCAUAUCAGGUCAUGGUGACCCUCUCCCAUGGUAGCUUAAUUACAAUAACAGGAAAUCUGGCUCCAAAAGAUAGUGGCAGAGAAAGUCACUAAGGGGACUUUCGCACGCACAUUUGGCUAAAACUAAGGUCCCUGACGUCAAUGGAGGACUAUAAAAGAUAUGUGGAUGGGCUGUUUUUUGGUUCUGUCUGUUCGAUUGCUCAUGAGCUAUUGUUCAAUGCUGUGAUCGGAAUAAAAACCCCGCCGAGAGGCUGCCAGCUUGAUUCUGUCUUCGUGUAGUUCAUUUCUGCACUUUUGCACCGAGGUCAUCUUCUAAAACAUCUCUUUAACUUUGCCUAAUUUCUUUAGCAAAGAGGCUAAACACAACUCACCUACUCUCUUCCAACAGCCGUUUGUUUGUAGCAAGACCUCGGACUACAGUGGGGUGACACAGCUCAACGAAGAACAUUUAUGGUCAUUUUUUCAUGGAAAUGCAAUCAGACUAUAUAACCAGAGAAGCAAGCGGUCAGCAACAUCCAUCUCUCGAGGGGGUGUCUAACUUGGUGUUACGGUGUGUUCGACCCUAAAUCAAUUUUACGCCGGAAUAUUCCUUAAAGUUCAUCAACUAAACUACCAGCGGCCAGCCUUUUUCAAUAUCCACAAUGACGACAUAAAUGUGACUAACAGUCUUACAAAUUAUAAUCACUAUUUAAAGUAAAGUCACAAUGUUGUUUAUCAGAAAAAAUAGCCAAAAAUCGUUUACAAUAUAGAACAAACGGAGGACCUUUUAUAAGUUGGUCAUCAGGGAGGUCAGGAUGGUUCAGUUUUAUUCUUUUAACACAGAAAAGCACCAGGAUGUUCGAGCGAAAUGAUUUAAACCAACACAUUUUACCUCAUAGUGUUCUUUGAAAUAACAACUGAAUAUGGGCGAACUUUGCAUUUAAAAGUACUGAUUGUCACCAAAUUUACCAUUGGUUCCAAUCAAACAAAGCCAUAUGCUUCAGAUCCUGAAUCUGACCCUCAAAGUUUAGAAACAGAACUACAAAAAAAAAAAAAAAAUCCUCAGCAACAAAGAACUGAGCAUAUUUUGGUGAAUUAUAUAUCCACUGGGCACUUUGAGAAAAUUUACCAAUUAGUGAUGUCACAAAUUGAGACACCCUCCAGUCCCUGUGAUACGUGAUUCUUGUGUGAUUUUUGCUGUUAAUGCCUUGGGUAUUUGUCCAACACACGCUUUUCUCCCAAUUUGAAACGAUGCCCAACUCUUAUAAAACGUUGAACUAAUUAACUGAAUUAUAUUUAUAGUUACAGGUUUAGUGAAGAGUAAGGGAAUUGAUUUGUACAGCAGGAGAGAAUUGGUUUUGACCCUGCUUUUCAAAUUUCCCUUCUUGGCUCAAACUUCUCCUGAGAUAAUGAAGUGUGUGUGUGUGUGUGUGUGUGUAUGUGUGUGUGUGUAUGUGUGUGUGUGUGUGUGUGUGUGUGUGUGUGUGUGUGUGUGUGUGUGUAUGUGUGUGUGUGAAUUCUCCUUCUUACUCCUCUGUUGCACCUGUCGACACACUUGCCUGGUGAUCUGAUGGCAUCACCUGUCAGCCCGAACAAACAGCAGACAAAGAAUCUGCGCAGGUUUGUCAGGCUGCUUAGAAAACAAACGUUUCCACCUGAAUGUCAGCUGUCUGCUCUGAUCCGUAUCACUAACACAACUGUUUUUAUUUUAAUAAUUUUUUUUAAGGGACUGUACUUAUAUGUGGUUCAGGGCAAAUCCUGUUUGCGUUUUUCCAUGACUGCAAUACCCCAGGACUAAAUUAACAAAAUGAGCACGGCAAAUUAGGCUCAGCACUGACUGCAGGCACUUCAGAUUUGUUUCUCAAAUAAGAUCUUUUAAAACGAACCGACCACACUGCUGUUUGUAAAUGGUCAUUUCUCGACAUCAAGAAGCUUUCUACAUGUUACUGUGGUAACCAGGAACCUAAAAGUCAUAUUGAAAUCCACUUCAUGCAGCCAGAGCUUCCUUCCUUCCUCCCUUAGAGACACAGCGGUUGAAACCUGAUAGGACGCAUAGUGAAAAUCAUCUACAAAUGAGGCUUGAACGCCGUAAAAGAUACUUUUAGUGUGUAGUCCUCUUCCUCCAAAAAACACAGAAGCUGAGAGAAUAACAAUUUGGAUUAGUCGAUAAAUUGAUUUAGACUGACUGAGCCUCUGGGAACCUUUUUUUCCCCAUCUCCAGUUCAAGCUGUCAGUGUUCAAAGUCUGAUGUUUCUUGGGUCUUAAUGAAAGGCGGAAGCUUGACUGGAUUCCAGCUGAACUCAAAGACUAUUUUGGUGUAAAAACUUAUCAAGCCUAGUAAUUUGGCGUUCGCGCUGACAUCCACAACAGCACGACAGAACAGUGUGAUGUUGCUGCGACACAACAGCUUUGCAAUCUGCACCCAACACUGCAGAGUAAUAAGCACCAACUGUGUCAAAUUCACUGUCUAUUAUUAUUAUAAUGAGAUUAAAAAAAUGGUUUGGAGCAUCUCUGGAAAAGUGUUAGACAUCGAUUUCAUUUUCAUAUAGGGGUUAAAUUCUGCCAUCAUCAACAACAAAAAGGGGUGUCUUUUUCUAACUCAUUACAGUGAAUGUUUUGUUCCUUUAUCUGCUGCAGAUUGGAAACCUCCUCUCAAGCUGGGUGGACAUGAAAAAAGACUUCAAGAAAACAUUCUAUCUCCUCUUCCUUCUAUCCUCCCUCCUCGUCAUCUUCAUCGCGAACGUAACACCUGAAGUGUACGAUUACCUUCCGAAACUGCCAUGGCCUCUGAGAGUGUGCCCCAAAUACACAGCCGUGCGCAGCAUCACCCCCCUCAACAACACUUACCACUUCAUGGUGUCGGCCUACAUGGACCGGAGAGUGAAAGGAUUUGAUGUUCGCAUUAUUAGCAUAUUCAAAAGAGACUCCAUCCAGCCUCUUUACUGUCUGUUCUGCUGUGCAGGCCAGCUAUCAGAUACAGUACCAGCAAAAAUUGUCCAACAUUCGGACAACUUUGGCUUCCCCUUCGUGACCACGGACGUCAUGUGUCCCAUUCCUGGAAACUGCGACGCUACGCACGUCACUCUACAGACUCAGCCGGUGAGAACGAACGCACUUAACCAGAUUUGGCUUCCUAUAGGAAACAAGAAGAGUAAAGGACAUGAGGAGAGAAAGUUGCAGUUUAACUUCACCGUCUGCAUCUCCAACCUGUUUGGAGAUUACAACAACGUGCUCCAGUUUGCACAGACGCUAGAGAUGUACAAGUAAGUAACUCGCCACAAAUCCGCCUUCUUUUUACAAAAGCUGUUUAUUUAUUUAUUUAUUUUACUCAGUCAACUGAAGAUUGCACUCACCUUUUGACAAGCGUUGCCUCUCAGACGUAGUGGGUACGUGAUCAUCAGCAUGACAAUAUUUUACACACUUAAAAACCCACAACAAUUCCCCCCUCUGUCUGAAGAGGUUUGGAAACAUGUUGCAGCGCCUGUCUCUGUACGAGCUUUGAUCAAUAAUAAGAAAGCUUUUUGUCAUCACCCAGAGAUUACAGUGUCAUGUUUUUGAUCAAACUACAAAAUUCACAAAUUAUUGAAGCCUGAAAAAUCCUCCUUUCUGAAACUUCAGCCUUAAAACUACCCAACAGCAGAGAGUUGGAGCUACAUGUAGAAAAAAAAAACAUUUUCUCAGAAGAACAAAUUCAUAGUCAAACCUGGUAACACUUUAUUUGACGCCUAUCUCUCUAUAACGCAUUAUAAAUAUAUGUAUAAUAAUAAUACAUUUUAUUUGAAGGCGCCUUUCUGACACUCAAGGUCACCGUCCAAAUCACGUUAAAAACAGCAUAAAACGUUUAAAUCACAUUUAAGAGCAAUAUCAAAUUAAAAUAAAUAAAUAAAUAAGGAAAAGCAAAGAGACAGAGAAAUGGACAUUAUGGUGGAUGGGCAGUUUUGAACAGAUGUGUUUUGAGUCUUGAUUUGAAAAGGCUGAAAGAGUCAAUGUUCCUGAGAUCGGGUGGUAAUGAGUUCCAGAACCGGGGGAGCAGAGUGGCUGAAUGCUCUGCUCCCCAUGGUGUUGAGGCGGGCGGUGGUGGGGACAGACAGGUGUAUGGAGGAGGAGGAGAUCAGACAGAUAUGAAGGGGCGAGGUUGUGGAUGGCCUUAAAUGUAAGGAGGAGGACUUUGAACUGGAUGCAGAACUGGACCGGGAGCCGGUGGAGCCGUUGAAGGACUGGAGUGAUGUGGUGGAUGGAGGGGGUACAGGUUAUGAUGCGGGCAGCUGAUUUUUGGACCAGUUGGAGUUUAUGGAGGUUUUUUUUGAGGGAGGCCGAAAAGGAGAGAGUUGCAAUAAUCCAGGUGGGAAGUGAUGACACUGUGAACAAGGAUAGCGGCAGUGUGGGGGGUAAGGGAAGGGCGGAGACGAUUGAUAUUGCGUAGGUGGAAGUAGAUUAUAAUGCAUUAUAAUCACGUUAUAGCACAGUAUAACUAUAGUUAUAAACACUCAUUAAUGAUCAUAAUGCUUUAUAGCAAUAAUAAUAACACAUUAUAAAGCAUUUUAUCAUGACUUACAAUGUCGGGUAUUGUAAUGUGUUAUAACUGUUAACAACUCACUAACAAUGUCCACAUAGAUAAUGCAAUACAAACAGUUAUAACACAUUAUAACACCUGGCCUUGUAAGUCAUGAUAAAAUGCUUAAUAAUGUGUUAUGAUGAUUGCUAUAAAGCAUUAUGAUCAUUAAUGAGUGUUUAUAACUAUAGUUAUACAGUGCUAUAACAUGAUUAUAAUGCAUUAUACAUAUAUUUAUAAUGCGUUAUAGAGAGAGGCGUCAAAUAAAGUGUUACCUAAGUCAUUGUGUGAUGUGCUGAAGUGUUAUUCAUUUUGGUUCAUGCAGCCGUGCCGUGCGAGCGGUUUAUAAAAGGCGGAGGAUCACUCUUGAGUUUCCCCAGUUGUUGAUCUCCACGGUUGCUAGGAAAGCUGAAGUAAGCAUUCCCAGAAGAAUUAAUGUUGUUUUUAUUAUAAAACAAUCUAGUACGUCCUUGGCUCACCUCUCGGGCCUCUGGUUGUCAGACUUGAUGAUACUCAGUCUUCAGCACGCAUCUUUGGGGACUAACACUUUAUUCACACACAUCUGAGAGAAGCGCAAUUGUAAUACUUAUAUUCACGAAACACACUCAACAGGAUAAGAGUGAGGGAAAGGAGAGCGAGAGUCUCCUCUGAAGAUUCUGGUCUAGUCUCUGUUUGUCAAUCUUUAUCUAUAGGAAUCAGAUCUCAUCCUAUCUCCUGAGCUCUGGUUUUGCUGCAUACUACACACAUUUUCUCUCUCUACACACCUAAACUACAACUUUCAUAUCGCAAUGAUUUUAUUCUCAAUGACUUUAUUCACAUGAGAAAGUGAUUGUACGACAACUUUAUUCUUAUAGGAAAAUGAUUUACUAAAACUGAAUUUUAGACAGAAAAUAAGAUUUAAAGAAAUCUUUGGAUGCUGCUCUGGAAACUCUUUCGUAUUUUUCAUUCGUUUAUUGCACUCCUUCAGAUUUCCUGAUUUUGCUUGUCUGGAUUCGUCAGACUUUUUCCUAUUAAAACGGCCGUUACAUUUCAUUGAAUGUGGCGAGCUGAUCCGUGGAUGAAGCAGAUCAUAGUCUGAAGACCCUAAACAAGUGAACAGGGUGGGGACAUGAUUCAGGGAGGGGAGCUUUGCUGUUUCACACCCUGUAUGCACUGCUCAUUUGUGUUCUUAUCAUUUCCCUUUGUUUUUUUUUAUUAUACAAAUAUAUUCAUUAUCACGAGGGACUCAUCCUGCAGGUUUUGCCCCGCUGCUGCUUCUCACCUAAAUCACAGAGUUUUAGUAAAGGCACGCCUGAUGCUGAUCACCUCAGUGAGAUCCAUGUGAUGAAAAUUUGUGAAUCCUGAAAUCAUCCGACAAAGGCCAAUCUAUUUCAUUUGCCUAUCUCAUGAAAAUCAAACAGGAUCUGUCUGGCUAUUAAUCUCCUUAUUUCUUCACAAAAGGCGUAAUCUUUGUGUACUUUUCUCCAGGCUGCUGGGUGUGGACAGGGUGGUGAUCUACAACACCAGUUGUGGCCCAGAUCUGAACCGCUUGUUGCAGAGCUACACCAAGACCGGCUUUGUGGAGAUGGUUCCUUGGCCGAUUGACCUGUUUAUGAAUCCAUCCCGAGGCUGGCUCUUCUCGAGGAGCGGGGGGGACCUGCAUUACUUUGGUCAGCUGACCACACUUAACGAAUGCGUGUACAGAUCCAUGGAGCGAUCCCGUUACGUCCUGUUGAAUGACAUCGAUGAAAUCAUAAUGCCAUACAAACACAACAACCUGAUGUCGCUCAUGAAUACGGUCCAGCAGCAGAGUCCAAAGGUGGGCUCCUUUUGGCAUGAAAUGUAUAACAUCGAUGUUAAAUUUGACAUCUCCCAGUAUUUAAACCCUCGUCUCCGUCUCCUUCUCCUUUGCUAUGUAGGCGGGCGUGUUUCUCAUCGAGAACCACAUCUUCCCCAAGAAACACUUCGAGCCAACUGGGAGGUUUCAUCUCCCGCAGUGGAGCGGGGUGCCAGGAGUUAAUAUACUGGAGCACAUCUACAGGGAGGAGCCUGACAGGGAGAAAUACCACCCACACAAGAUGAUAGUUCAGCCGAGGUAAUAAUCAGAUUUAAUUUACAUCAAUGUCAAUGGUGUGGAAAUAAAAACAAAAACAGCGACCCAGCUAAAAUGAUUUGUUUCAGAAAUGUGUCCGUCUUAAAAGCUGUCUCUCUGGAACAACUUAAAUUGAAUACACUGAAACCUCUUAUUAAUCCAUAAUAGCAUAAAGGCAGCACAGUUUUUGGAAAAUUGUGUGCCCGUCUAGAUUUAAUGCCUGCUAUAUGCUUCAUAAAAGUCUUGAUGGGGAUCAUCAUUUUUACCAUUCUGCUCAUUUUUAAACAACAUCCUGUAAAUGUUUGGGAGCUUAGGGCACCAGCUGAGCGCUUUUCUAGUUUGACAGAGGAUUUCAGUUCAACAGGUCAGGACUCCUGGGUUAAAGGCUUUCCAGUUAAGCAUCAGAUUUGUCUUUCUGAGACAGUAUAACCAACCCACUGAGCAUUUUUAGGUCUAAAAGAGGUCUAACAGCUGUCUAUUGGCUAAAGGGAAGGCUUUCUUCUACCCAGUUAAAUGUUCGUUGCUCCAAAUCUUUUCUAAGGCCUGUAGGUGGCGCCAUCCAGGAUUUCCAAAGAGAAAGUCAAAUUUUGAACUUUCAGACCAAAGAACAGUUUGGUCUGACUCAAUUAGAAUCCACAGGACCAGUUUUGAGAUAUCUUAGUCUGAACCAUCAACAAUUAAGAUGACAUUUAAAGGAAUAUUCCGGCGUAAAAUUAAUUUAGGGUCAAACACACCGUAACACCGAGUUAGACACCCCCUCAAGAGAUGAAUGUUGCCAACCACUUGCUUCUCUAGUUAUACCAACUUUAGUAACGACCGCACGAUAGCAAUACACAGUGGUCUGAGGAGCCAGAAACAAACCUCAACCAAAAAGCCACUCUAUAGCCACAAAUAAUGCUCAGAACAGCACCUAACUUCAUCAACAGAACAUAAAGGGUCCCAGCCAGAGUACUAGCCACCAAACAUCUCUUUAACUUUGCCUGAUUUCUUUAGCAAAGAGACUAAACACAACUCACCUACUGUCAUCCAGCAGCCGCUUGUUUGUAGCGAGACCUCAGGCCAGUCCAUUACGGACUGCUGCGGGGUGACACAGCUCAAGGAAGAACAUUUAUGAUUGUUUCUUCAUCAUUGCCUUGAAGUAAUAAUCAUCAUCUUAAUCAUUUUGCACUGCAGACGUGGUUGGUCUUCUGCCUUAGCGUCUCAGUCUGAUUGCAUUUCCAUUGAGAAAUGAUCAUAAAUGUUCUUCCUUGAGCUGCGUCACCCCGCUGUAGUCCGUAAUGGACUGGCCUGAGGUCUCCGUACAGACGAGUGGCUGCUGGAAGAGAGUAGGUUUGUGUUUGGCUCCUGAGACUGUUGUGUUUUGCUAUUGUGCGGUCUUUACUAAAGUUGGUAUAACUAGAGAAGCAAGCAGUCGGCAACAUUGAUCUCUCGGGGGGGUGUCUAACUCGGUGUUAUGGUGUGUUUGACCCUAAGUUAAUUUUACUCUGGAAUAUCCCUUUAAAUGUUUGUUGUUCCAAAUCUUCUCUAAGGCCUGUAGGUGGCGUCAUCCAAGAUUUCCAAAAAGACAGUCAGAUUUUAAACUGUAGAUCACAGGACAGUAUGGUCUGAGUUAAUCAGAACCCACAGGACUGGUUUAGAGAUAUCUUAGUCUGAACCAUCAACAUUUAAAACUACAUUUAAGCCUGAAAAUCAGAUGAUCUAAAGUCCCAUCCUCAACCUGCCCAGACACAGAUUCGUUCAUGAUUUUAAUGUAUGAAAAAUUCUGGAAAUCUCACACUUGCUACUCACAGGUGAUGCUCACUGCUCUAACUGUCAUGGUGAAUCAAGUGAAUGCGCUUAUCCUGCGUCCGUCUGUGUGUAACAGGUUGGUGGAGCAGGUGUCAGUCCAUGAAGUUCUCAAAACUUUCGGAGCAAUAUACACCGUUUCACCGGACGUUUGCAGGAUCAUUCACGUUCGCGUGCCCCUGAGGGGGCAACUGAAGUUGGAGGAGCUCAAAGAGGACAAGCGGCUGUGGGACUUCCAUGAAGAACUGAUUCCCAACGUGGACAAAGCUCUGAGGAGAGCUGGGCUGCUGGGAUCAGAGGGGGGCAGGUGACAAAUGGGAUGGACAGGUAGCUGGGGGACCUUGACUCUUUUUUAUACAUAUGUAUUUAUAUCAAUUAUCUUUAUAUUUUUUAAUCGCUCUCUCUACACUGAACGAUGACCACCAUUAUGCUGCUGCAGACUGAACCUUCCAGAGCAGAGACGAUGAGCACAUUUUUGUAGCCGUCACUCCAACAAUGGGAAAGACAUCUUUAUGAAAACCUACAGGACUGGUUUAAAGGUCUUUAGCGCCGGCGGAGAUGUCGGACCCACGGAGCAACAUUCCUAGUUCUGCUUUGAAAGACAUUGUUAGUUGCGCUUUUUGUGGAAGAAAACUCAUGAACAGAGAAAAAGUUGCAAGAUUUCAAUCAGCUUAAGAAAAAAUAAAUAGAUUUGGACACAUGACCUCUGCGUAUUUAUAGUAGAACCAGGCUGUGAGGCCAGAACGUCAUGAUUUCUAUGUUUAAUGUGACUAAAUUUGUGUUUUUAAAAGUUAUAAAACUCCUGAUUUCUUUUCACUAAUAGAACUCAAAGAGUACUUAUACCAGAUUGGUGAAACCCCUUCCUGUGAUUACUCAGGCUGUUAUGCGACUAUUCAGUGGCUGUGCUUUUAUUUGGAGAGGGUUGGGGCAGAGCUACCGCCCUGUUACAGCACAUCUACCUCUUAACUCUCCUUAAAAACACAAAUCCAGUACGGUUACCCAAAAAUCAGGAAAAACCUCCUGGAUGAUCCAAAGUGCUAAACUGGUAGGAGGAGGGUUAAAUAUGACAAAAAGAGAAUUCGCUGGGUUUUUCCGGGUAAUGCAUGUUUUUUUUUAGCUCAGUCCACCUGGUGCAUUUUCUCAUUUGCAUUAUUUACACAUAAUGCAAAUCUUGUUGAAUGUUCCUCUGUGUAAUUUGUCAAACACUGUGUAACCCUCGAAUAUGAACAUGACAGAUGUGAUACUGAUGUAUAAAUACACAACAUUAAAAUUGUGAAAUGACCCCACCAGAGAUCUGAUUCUGCACCACCAGUGCAGACUGAGGUGGACUUCACCUUGUGCAGCCGCCACAUGGUCAUGUCCGUCCAAGUUCGAAAGGCUUUGUCACCUGAAUGCCGCAACGACCGCCUCCUUUGAGUGGCUGCUGCUUCAUGAUGGACAAUGCUGCUGUUCCCCUGCGAUUGUGAGGCACUGACAGGAGGAUUAAGUUUGAAACCUGAUCCCUGUUACCAGAUAUGCUGCCCUUUGGUGUUAUCCAGGCAGGAGACGCAAAAACAUGUUUUACAUAUAACCAAAGGGGCUUGUUUUGUGGGCAGCUAUCACAAAACAUGUUAAAGCUGCAGCUAAACUUCAGAUUAAAGUGAUGGACUUUUUAAUCAAACAUCUACCAGACGUUUAGAAAGGCUAGCAUUCAUACGGUUUGGUUUUUGGCCACUUGGUCGAGCCCGAUUUACAGUCUCAAGUUUUACUCGCUUUUUCCAACUCCUGCAGAAAAAAUCAGGCUGGUUUAUACUCCAUUAAAUUCACCGGCUGGUUUUAACUUGAUCAGUCUGUCAUUAGGUAAAGAGCAGGUGCAAGAGCUUGAAAAAGUAAACGACAGCUUGGAGUUGAAUAAAAGUUGGGGAACAAAACACCAAAAUGAUUCGCUGAAGGACGCUGAUGAAACUUUCUUAUGCUGUACACGUACUUAUCUUAAUUUUAAACCAACAAAGGUGUUUAAACCUAUUGGCAUUUUCGAGGCACUGUAUUUAAGUUCAUAUUAAAGACGUAAAGGGAUGUGAGUACAUGUGAGCAUAACCAGCAGCUUUGUUUGAGUAAAUAAAUCCCUUGUGGCAUAUUUCUGUGAACAUUUCAGUGUAUGAGUAAUAUUGCUUUUUUUUCUUUGAUUUAUAUAAUGCACUGUUUACUUUUUUAAUAUGCACUCAUAAAAAAGCUAAUGGAUCCAC